AUGCACUCGCCUGGACAGGCUCCUCCUGCAUGCACUCAUCUGAGCAGGCAACGAGUGCGAUCGGUCGCGCUUCUCUUGAGCGCUAGUCUCGCGCGAGCAGCGCUCGUCGAGUACUGGGUCAAUAUCACGUAUACACAAGCUAACCCAGACGGUCUCUACGAGCGUCGAGUGAUCGGUGUCAAUGGGACAUGGCCUCCUCCCCCUGUUGAAGUCAAUCGCAAUGACAGCCUGCUUGUGCAUGCGUACAACGGCAUAGAUCAGCCUGUCUCUUUGCAUCAUCACGGCAUCUACUUCAACGCAUCUCUGUGGUAUGAUGGUGCCGUCGGAGUCACGCAAUGUGGUAUCCCGCCUGGCUAUUCAUUCACCUACGAGGUGCCGGUAUCUGAUCAAUGGGGCACAUACUGGCAGCAUUCCCACAACAAGGGGCAAUAUGUCGAUGGCUUACGAGCUCCUUUCAUCAUACACAACAAGCCUGAACCCUACGUAUACGAUGAGGAGUUCACAGUCGUCAUGUCCGACUGGUAUCACGACGAGCACUCUGUCCUUCUUGAUCAAUUCAUCAACGUCGCGAAUCCAACCGGUGCAGAGCCUGUGCCAAAUUCGGCUCUGAUGUACUUCAGUCAAAAUGGUCGAUAUCUGCCCGGUUUCAACGAGAACGCGACACUGCCCUUUCAAGCCGGCAAGACGUACCGACUGCGUCUCAUCAACACAGGAGCGUUCGCUAUGUUCUAUUUCCGCCUGAUGGGCCACACCAUGACCGUCAUCGAAGUAGAUGGCACUGAUGUUGAGCCGUAUGAGACCGAUUUGAUCACCAUCACAGUCGCACAGAGGUAUUCAAUCCUUGUAAAAGCUCUCAACGAUACUACCCAAAAUUGGCCGAUCCAAUUUAAUUUUGAUUCUGACAUGUUCGACACCGUUCCUGACGACCUGGCGCUCAACUAUACGUCCUCUGUCGUGUACGAUUCGAGCUUCCCUCUGGCCGAUGUCGAGAUGAUUCCAGAAUAUCAUGACUUUGAUGACGUUGCUCUUGUUCCUCUCAUCAUAGAAGCAUCUGCGCCGGCUGACCGGCAGAUCCCACUCAACGUUUGGUUCGACACGAUGGACACCGGCGUCAAUAGAGCUAUGUUUAUGAACACAGAAGGCCAGAACAUUACUUAUGACCAGCCUAUUGUGCCUUCAAUCUUCACUGCUCUCACUAUGGGUGAUGAUGCCGCCAAUCCGGUGGUCUACGGUCAAACGAAUCCUUAUAUACUCGAUCACCUACAAAACAUCGAGCUGCAGAUCUUCAAUUGGGAUGCGGGCAAGCACCCUUUUCAUCUGCAUGGAUACAAAUUCCAGAUCAUUAGGAAGAGUCAGGAUGUGACCAGCGAUGAUCCGUUGAUCAAUCCGCCUCUGGUAGAGAAUCAGGCCAACCCCAUUCGCCGUGAUACUGUUCAAAUCCCCUCCGGGGGACUUGCUGUCGUUCGCUUCCGGGCUGAUAACCCUGGUGUCUCCUUCUUUCAUUGUCACAUCGAUUGGCAUCUUUCCGCCGGUCUCGCUGUAACCUUUAUCAACUCCGUACCUUUGCUACAAUCUCUUCCAGGCCCACCCAGCUUCAUUUCCGAACAGUGUGCAGUACAAGGCAUCCCAAGCUCCGGCAACGCGGCUGGUUGGAACUCUACAAGUGACUUCACCGGCCUCACUGUCGGCCCUUACACUCAGAUCCCCGGUUUCCACGCUAAGGGUCGUUGGGCUCUGGCCGGUACGAUCUUAGCUGCUCUUGUCGGCAUGGCUACUGUCUUCUGGUAUGGCUUUGGUGGUCAACUCGACGAAGACGAGCUCGACGCGAGCGUAAAGGAAGCGAUGGAGAAAAAGGCUGCUCGCGGUGGGGGCUACAAGAAGCGUGCUUUCGCCAAGCUACGCAGAGUCGGACAGCGUACAUAG